CCUCCGCCGCUCGGCCCGCCCCGGAGCAGGGGCAGGGUGCCGGGGGUGGCGUGGCGCUUGGCGCUCUGAUUCAUUCAUUCUCCGCCGACUGGAGCCUCAGACCUGCGGUGCUCCGAAGAGAGGAGGGAAGAGGGGGCAGCCGCGAAUGAAGGGUCGGGCGCGAGCCGGGCUCCAUUGUGCUCGGCGGCGGGGGGCGGGCAGGGGCUGAGGGAGGUGGGAUCGGGCCCCCUCCCUCUGCUCUCCAGUGUGCGCUGCGCCCCCAGCCUGCUGCCAGCCUGGAAAUGGCUCCGUUUAUUCUCGGGAGAAUGAAUCGAUCCUGCCCAGCCUUCUCUUCCUCCUCUCCACCUCCUCUCUGCUCCGAGUCUUAGGAGGGGAGAAAUUUAAGACAGAUUCCAAUGUGGAGUGCCGUGCACGUCGCGAGCUGCCGGGUUUGCACUUGGAGGAGAUUUUUCUACAUAGCUUUUUUCUAAUGUGAGCGCAGGGAAGCAGUGGCAUUACUGCUUUUAGGAUUUUUAUUUUCUCGUAGGGAUCUCUCAAGUGCACGUCGCAUUGGGUUGCACGCUCCACCCCCAGGGACCUGGUGUGGUCGAGAAAUUUGAACCUGCAGCCUUACCACCGAAAAGACCGAGUUACCUGGCUCUCUGUGAGUGUGGAGGAGGGCAUGAGCGAAAUGACCACGGAACUCUUUUUGUAGGAUUCGGGGAAGCUGAAUUCUGCGUUUUCCGACACAUAGACUCAUUUUGUGGAAGAGGGUUGACCGCUGUCUCCUCCGCGCAGCAUUUUAACUCUAAUAAGCAAAUGCCACCUUUGUUUGAACGUUUUUGGUAUUUACGAGAGAGAAAUCAUUUUACCUAAGGGAACUAAUUGAAUUGCCACAUACCUCCAGAAAAGGACCUCGGGGGGUGGAAAAGCAACUGCGAAACAGCAGACGGAGAAAUUCCUUUGGAAGUUAUUCCGUAGCAGAAGAGCAGAAACUUCAGAGCAAGUUUUCAUUGGGCAAAAUGGGCUUCUGUUUGCUUCCAUGUUGGGAUUGGCAAUAUUCAUCUGAGGUUCUCUUUAUCCCCCUGAAAAAAGUUGAAGGAGGAGGAGGAGGAAUUUUCUUUUCCAAAUGUGGUGGUGAUGGGAUGGGUAGGCCAUCUACUUUCAACUAACAGGGAACAACCCAUCUUCAGCACCCGUGCUCAUGUCUUCCAGAUUGACCCAAACACAAAGAAGAACUGGGUACCCACCAGCAAGCACGCAGUUACUGUGUCUUAUUUCUAUGACAGCACAAGAAAUGUGUAUAGGAUAAUCAGUUUAGAUGGCUCAAAGGCAAUAAUCAAUAGCACCAUCACCCCAAACAUGACAUUUACUAAAACAUCUCAGAAGUUUGGCCAGUGGGCCGAUAGCCGGGCAAAUACUGUUUAUGGACUGGGAUUCUCCUCUGAGCAUCAUCUUUCAAAAGAAUCAGCAGGCGGGGAUCUUCAGUCUCCUUUAACACCAGAAAGCAUCAAUGGGACAGAUGAUGAAAGAACACCUGAUGUGACACAGAACUCAGAGCCAAGGGCUGAACCAACUCAGAAUGCAUUGCCAUUUUCACAUAGUUCAGCAAUCAGCAAACACUGGGAGGCCGAACUGGCUACCCUCAAAGGAAAUAAUGCCAAACUUACUGCAGCCCUGUUGGAGUCGACUGCCAAUGUGAAACAAUGGAAGCAGCAACUCGCUGCGUAUCAAGAGGAAGCAGAGCGUCUGCACAAGCGGGUGACUGAGCUUGAAUGUGUUAGUAGCCAAGCAAAUGCAGUGCAUACCCAUAAGACAGAAUUAAAUCAGACAAUACAAGAACUGGAAGAGACACUCAAAGUGAAAGAAGAGGAAAUAGAAAGAUUAAAACAAGAAAUAGAUAAUGCCAGAGAACUACAAGAACAGAGGGACUCUUUGACUCAGAAACUACAGGAAGUAGAAAUUCGGAACAAGGACCUGGAGGGACAGCUGUCUGAUUUAGAGCAACGUCUGGAGAAAAGUCAGAACGAACAAGAAGCUUUUCGCAAUAACCUGAAGACACUCUUAGAAAUUCUUGACGGAAAAAUAUUUGAACUAACAGAAUUACGAGAUAACUUAGCCAAGCUACUAGAAUGCAGCUAAGGAAAGUGAAAUUUCAGUGCCAAUUGAUUAAAAAAUACACUGUCUCUCUUCAUAGGACUGUUUGGGCUCUGCAUCAAGAUUGCACAAAAAAGUUUAAAUAUCACUCCUCCAGGAGGAGGAUCUUUUGAAAAUUGGAAUUGUAUAUUUCAGUGUAAAUUUUAGAAUUCAGCUUGUAGCUAGUUUGGGGAAAAAAAGAGAUGAAACACUUGAACUACAAAUUACCUCCAUGUAUAUUAUUGGCCAUAGUUAACUAGAAAAUUAUAAAUAGACACUUAAUGCAAUCUUUUUUUUCUGAUAUUCGCCAAUGGGAGAAUUAACGAUGUCUGGGUCACAUCCCCUUUUUGUGUUCAACACAGUGAAGGCUAUCUGCUUUUUAAAUUAAUUUAUUUAUGAUAUCUAAAGCUGUGUUUUGUGCAAAAACUUAGUGAUGAAAGCCCUGUCUUUUGUUGUAAUCUAAAUAAUUUCUCAGGAUAUUUUUGCACUGCUGAGAAGCAGUGCCAUUACCAAUUAAUUCUUGCCAGGAGUGAGAGAGAGCUGCAUCUGUAAUUGGAACAUACUAUAACUGGGUGUAUAGAGUUCUUCCCUUUUUUUUAUAUCGGAAGAUUUCACUCUGGUGACCACUCUGGUACACUCUGGUGUUCUCGAAUCUUGUCCGCUGUAUAGUUUAUUUUUCCAUAUUGACUCCAUGUAUUUAUGAGAAGAUAUUGUCUCCCAUUUUAUUACGCAUUUUAAAGCCAACUAACAAAGGCAGCUGAGUCCCUCAGAAAUUUUUCUUUUUAAAUUUCUAAUAAAUUUGACACACAGUACUGAAAUACAGCAGCCCGUCACUGACGGUCUGGUCUAGCAAUGUUAAGUAUAUUUACAGAAUAUGCAGUUACAUUUAUUUAUAUAUUUUGCAAAAAAAAUCUUUUCUGAAUGAUCAAUGCAUUUCAAUUUACAAAUAAUUAUGGUUAUUGGGGAACUGUUUAUUAUAGAUCACUUUAAAGUGUAUAGCUAUUUUAAAGGGGGUCCAUUUCCAUCCAACAGCCGAUCAGAGGACUUACUGGAAUUGGAGCCGUGCACUCUGUCUGGGCCUUCACAUCAACCACAUCUCUAGUCAAACCUCACAAGGCAAUAUUCUGAACUGUUAAAUAGGCAUUUCAAAACAGGAAUUCAAUUCAAUAGGCUCUUCUCGGUGAACAGGUUUUAAUGUUGUUUUGAUGUAAUUUUAAAAGACUUUUAGCAAAGAUGCAUUUCUUUAUAUAUUUCUUUUAAGAAGCUAUUUUAAAAGUAAGCCAAGUGCUGUCUAGUCUGCUUAUGGAGUAAGAAUUGCUUUAGAGUCCGUAUAUUCUUGCUGUACAAUGCCCGUGAUGAUGAGGAGGGUUCUUUUUUAAAGUGUUUGCUUGAGUAUCUGACUCCAUGGAGUCUAUAAAACGCACUGAUUUUUGUUAGUACCCCCAAAAGAUUGAAUUGUUAAGUACAAAAUUAAGCUAAUUAAUCAGUUUGUAACCAUUUUUUUCACUCACAAACAGCUACUCAACAUAGACAGUUUUGUUUUAUAUAUGUAUGUGUAUGUACGUACGUGCAUACAUAUUAAUUUAUACUAGAGUGAAAAAUAAAUGGGUUGUUUCUAAAGUUAGUUUCUAAAGUGAGUUUUCAGGUGUCUCUGAAAAGUUUAUAUCAUACACUUAAUCAUCAUGUAUUAUAUGUGCGAUAACAUCAUGUAAGUUACCUCCAUCUAUUUUAGAAUAUUUUCCUCACCUAUGUAUUUAUAGGGAGGAUAAUUUAGGUACACAAGCUCAGAGCUGAGAUAUUUCUCUGAUAAAUCAGGUAAUAAAAUUUAUUUGAUUGAUAGAAUUUUGAAGUAGAUGUGAUUUUAUCCAUCAGUUUCUGAGUAACAAACAGCACCCGAUUUUGUUUUAAAUAGGGGAUUUAACUCUAGGGAUCAGGGAAUGUAGUUAUGAAGAGUUAAAAAUAAAAAUAAAAAAAUUUUAAAAAAGUAUAAGCUGAUGAAAUGGUAAGUGAAUUAUUUUAAUGAUGUAAUAAGAUAUUUUUAAAUUUUGACAUAGUUGUUAUUUCAUGGGAAAAUAACUCAUCAGAAUGUCUCCUCUUGAAUUGUAUUGAUAUGUGAGACAUGUGUAAUUCAAUAUAUACAUAUACCCAUAUGUAUAUACAGAAAAAUAUUUUUAAUAUUUUCCUACUGAUAUGAAAUUUAAAAUUGGAAAUUUUGUGAGUUUUUUCCUUGUCCAGUAGAGCCUAAUUUGUUCUUUUUUUUAGUGAUUUAACAAUUUCUUGAGGGCUGCACCUUUAAAUUCCCAGAUUGUCAUUAGACGUGUAUAGUAUUUGGGAUAAGGUGAACACAAGUGCACAUAUAAAUAAAAUCUUAUUAAGAUUAUUUUAAACAUUAAUUUACAGUAGGAGAGUAUCUAGAGUCAUCAUCUACUAGUCAUAAUUAGGUUGUGUGCCUACUGUAGUUUUCUCCAUUUCUGUAUUAUAUAAAUAAAAAUUUGCAUAUUAAAAUUUGAUUUUCCCAGAGACAAGUAUUAUAUAAUGUAUCUAUAUUUAGGUCAAACUGUGGUAAUAUAUUUAUCAGAAAAUGAUGUUGGGGAUUGUAGCCUGAACAUGUGGACUUGAAGUGACACAGAAAAGGAGAGCAGAGAUUGAUCCCAUUGUGUGUAAGUUAUUAUAUGACAACUAUGAAUUCUUGUACAAAAAAACAACUGAAAAAAAAAAAGAAAAACAAAAAUACAGUUUUUAUUUUGAAAUACA